AUGGUACAUAUUUAUAUUAAAAUAGAUGCAAACUUUUCUCAAUUAGUUGAAAAUAUUCUCAAGUAUUAAAAAAAGUGAGUUUUCCUUUAGAUCUUUUGGAUUUGUUAAUAGAUAGCAACUAAAGAAUGAGACUGAAAUAAGUAAUCUAAGACUUAAAAUUUAGGAAUAAGAAAAAAAAAGUAUUUAUUAUAUUAAAUAUUAGUUAAAUAGAUUCAGUCUGA